AUGAAACGUUUAAGUGAUGAACGGGCCAAAAUUCUCUUCGAGAAGCUAUCAAAAUACAUUGGCACAAAUGUAAAACAAUUGAUUGAUCGUCCCGAUGGCACCUAUUGCUUCCGUGAACACUUGGAUCGUGUCUAUUAUGUUUCGGAGAAAAUAUUGAAAUUGUCAGAAUGUUUUGGUCACAAGAAGCUCAUCUCUGUCGGCACAUGUUUUGGUAAAUUCUCCAAAACGAACAAAUUGAAAUUCCACAUUACGGCUCUGUAUUAUUUGGCACCCUAUGCUCAAUACAAAGUUUGGGUGAAACAGUCAUUUGAACAACAGUUUCUAUACGGUAAUCAUAUACCCAAGUCGGGUUUGGGUCGUAUUACCGAAAAUGCCGGUCAAUAUCAAGGUGUUAUUGUGUAUAAUAUGAAUGAUUUACCAUUGGGCUUUGGUGUAUUGGCCCGAUCAACGAUGGAUUGUAAAACGGCCGAUCCACUGACAACUGUGUGUUUCCAUCAAUCGGAUAUUGGUGAAUAUAUUCGCUCGGAAGAUACUUUGUUUUAGAAGAAA